AUGAACGUGGCUGGCGAUACCAAGGAGGGCCUGCUCAAGUGCGUCCUCCUCCGCGACGCCGCAGGCGGCUGGAAGCGCCCAGAGCCAAAUACCGCUGGCCAGUUCUGCGACAGGUCGUUGGCCAAAUGCGCCGGGUCGAUCAAGCUCUGCGGGGCCUGCGGCGCGAACCACGGCGCCCUCGAGGUCGUGGUCGGACCGCAGGGAAGCCCGCUGGCCUACCUCGCUGUGUGUAAGCCUGGGCUGGGCCUGGUGACAUCGCAGGCAUUGGGCCCGGUCGCCGGGUUCUCCGUGGAUUCGGCAGGCAACAUCCUUGGAGUGGACGGCGGAGAGGUGCAGUACCCGCCGCCACCCAAGUGCUGCUGCGCGUUUGACUCGCUUGGGCCGUGA